UUAACGACGCCACGUCGGUAUCCGUUUUCUUGUUUCAUAAUUUAACGACGAAAAUGAGUCAAGGACAACCACGACGACCACAAGCUGAAGAGGAGGAAGCCAUCAAAUACGGUGACGUUUUCAAAGUCUCCGGCGACUUGGCCAACAAACCCAUCACCCCACAAGAUGCCGCCGCCCUGCAGGCCGCCGAGACCAGGGCACUCGGUCGAACCCAGAGAGGCGGACCUGCUGCCGUCAUGCAGUCAGCAGCCACCGUAAACGAAAACCGUGGCGUCGUUGGCCAUCAUGACGUCACUAGCGCCACCAAAGACCAGGGUGUCACCGUCUCCGACGCGGAAGUUGCCGGUCAUCACAUCAUCACCGAGUCGGUCGGCGGAGAGGUGGUGGGGCAGUAUGUGCGAACCAACACGACGGCGUCUCCGGCUCCGGCAAAAACCAGCGGUGAUCUACAGGUUACGAUUGGAGAGGCAUUGGAAGCUAGUGCCCUAUCUGCCGGAGAGAAACCGGUAGAACAGAGCGAUGCCGCCGCGAUACAAGCGGCAGAAAUCCGUGCAACCGGUCGUAUGCAAGUGACACCUGGCGGUAUAGCCGCCAAGGCUCAGGCGGCGGCAUCCCAGAACGCUAGAACGAUGAGCGAAGAGAAGAAAACAAAGCUAGGAGAUGUGUUGACGGAUGCGAGUAAGUUGCUGCCAAAAGACAAACCGGUGACGAGGGAGGAUGCAGAAGGGGUGAUAGGUGCGGAGAUCAGAAACCAGCCGGAGCUGGCUACUUACCCAGGUGGCGUGGCCGCAUCGAUGGCGGCCGCAGCCAGGCUGAACCAGGAGAAAUGAAAUAUGGUUAUGUUUCGGUUACUGUUUAGCAGCUAGUUAUGCAGUCUGUACACCAUGUAGCAGAUACUAUCAUAUGGUCUUACGAUCACAAAUAAACUUGCCAAAAAUAAGAUCCAAAUAUAUUUAAUUCC